UUGAUCCCCCAUAAAAAAAUCAAUUUCCUCCCAGUUUCCCCCAACAAAUUAAUUUACGUCCCUAAUUCAUCGAUCUCAACCUCCGUUUGAACCCAAAUCUAGCAACCUCUCCAAUACUGUUCAUCGGUAUCCUGCUUCUAUAUAACCACCACUAUAGACAAUGCUGAUGAUUACCGACGGUGGUUCUCUACCAUGAUUCUCGAAUUGCAGAAGCUUGAGCCCCUGGUUUGAGCAAUUUGGCACCUUCAGGCCUGCAUUCAUUUUCAGCUACAUGAUUCGUUUCACGUAUCAAUGCAUGCGCUUCGUUAGAGAUUGAAUCCAUACCCUAACCUAAUCGCCAUGUUCGAAGCACACGUACUGCAUUUGCUUCGAAGAUAUUUGGGUGAAUAUGUCCACGGACUUUCAUCAGAGGCUCUAAGAAUUAGCGUGUGGAAAGGUGAUGUGGUACUCAAAGACUUGAAAUUGAAGGCAGAUGCACUCAAUUCAUUAAAGCUUCCUGUUAUUGUAAAAGCUGGCUUCGUUGGUACCAUAACAUUGCAGGUUCCAUGGAAAGGUCUUGGCAAAGAGCCUGUGAUAGUUCUUAUUGACCGUGUGUUCGUUCUUGCUCAUCCUGAUUCUGAUGGAAGGUCUCUUACGCCUGAGGAGCGUGAAAAGAUUUUCGAAGCGAAACUUCAACAGAUUGAGGAAGCCGAGUCAGCAACUCUUGAUGCAAUAUCAAAAUCAAAGCUUGGAAACUCAGCUGCUGGGAAUUCAUGGUUGGGUUCCAUGAUUGGUACAAUAAUAGGAAAUCUGAAGAUUUCAAUCGGAAAUGUCCAUAUCAGAUAUGAGGAUCCUAUUAGCAAUCCAGGACAUCCUUUUGCUGUUGGUAUCACUCUGGCAAAGCUUGCUGCUUUUACAGUGGACGAGAAGGGGAAUGAAACAUUUGACACGAGUGGUGCUCUUGAUAAGUUGCGAAAGUCAUUGCAACUUGAAAGGCUUGCAAUCUAUCAUGAUUCCAACCGACUUCCUUGGAACAUGGACAAAAAAUGGGAAGACCUCAGUCCCAAGGAUUGGGUUGAGAUAUUUGAAGAUGGAAUAAAUGAACCGGCCAAGGGUCAUAAAUUUUCCAAAUGGGCUGGAGAUCGCAGCUACUUAGUUUCACCAAUCAAUGGUGUUCUUAAGUAUCACCGUUUGGGGAAUUCUGAGAGAACUAAUGCAGAUACGCCUUUCGAGGAGGCCCAUCUUAUCCUUAGUGACGUUUCUUUGGCACUCACAGAGGCUCAGUAUUAUGACUGGAUUCGACUUCUUGAGGUCAUAAAAAGAUAUAAAAUAUAUAUAGAGGUGUCACAUUUAAGGCCUGUGGUGUCUGUUACCGAGGGUCCUAAACUGUGGUGGAAUUAUGCGGCUCAAGCAGCAUUGCAGCAAAAGAAAAUGUGCUAUAGGUUAUCUUGGGCCCAAAUUCAACACUUCUGCCGUCUUCGAAGGCGAUAUAUCCAGCUGUAUGCUGGUUCACUGCAAGAGUCAUCAGAUUCUGAUGACACUGAACUUAGAAGUAUUGAGAGAGAUCUUGAUCCAAAAGUAAUUCUCUUGUGGAGGUUUCUUGCGCAUGCAAAAGUUGAAUCUGUAAAAUCAAAGGAAGAAGCUGAACAAAGGAUGCUUAAAAAGAAUAGUUGGUUCUCGCUUGGAUGGCGUUCUGCUUCAUCCGAUGAGCAAGAUGCUCCUGAGGGAUCUCAAACUGCUGUGGACGGAUUGAGUAAAGAAGAAUGGCAGGCACUUAAUAAUAUAUUGAGUUCCCAACCAGAUGAAGAUUUGGCAUCACAAUCCGGAAAAGAUAUGCAAAAUAUGACACAACGCAUGGUCAUUGUGUCCAUUGGUCAAGCUGCUUUGAGAAUUAUUAAUAUAAAUGAAACUGAACUUGUAUGUGGUAGAUUUGAACAACUUCAAGUAUCUGCAAAGUUUAAACAUAGAAGCAUUUAUUGUGAUCUGACAUUGAAGUUCUAUGGAUUGUCUGCACCUGAAGGUCGACUUUGUCAGAGCGUCUCCAGUCAGCAUAAGGCGAAUGCUUUGGGUGCUAGUUUUGUAUAUUUACCUGUUGGAGAGAAUCUAGAUUGGAGGCUUUCAGCAACAAUAUCUCCUUGCCAUGUCACGGUCUUGAUGGAAAGUUAUAACCACUUUCUGGAAUUUAUGAAGAGGAGCAAUUCUGUUAGUCCUGCAGUUGCAUUUGAAACAGCAGCUGCUUUACAGAAUAAGUUAGAAAGGGCCACUCGUCGAGCUCAAGAGCAAUUUCAAACAGUCUUAGAGGAACAAAGCAGUUUCGCUCUUGAUAUUGAUCUUGACGCUCCAAAAAUUAGAGUUCCAAUACGAAAAAGUGCUUCGUCAGAGUAUGGUAGUCUUUUUCUUUUGGACUUUGGUAAUUUUACAUUGCGAACAGAGGAGGGCCACCCUGAUGAUCAAGGACAAAACCUGUAUUCUCGUUUUUGUAUUUAUGGAAGGGAUAUAGCUGCCUUAUUUACAGAUGGAAAUUCUGACAUUCAGACGUGUGAUCUAGAAACUCCGGGUCAUAGUGGUCAGCUUUCAGCAUAUCCUGUUACCGGUAGUGCUUGUCAUUCGUAUUCUCUUGUUGAUAGGUGUGGGAUUGUUGUUAUUGUGGAUCAGAUUAAAGUUUCUCAUCCAAGUCAUCCGUCAACUCGUGUCUCUAUCCAAGUUCCUACACUUGGUAUUCACCUUUCACCAUUUAUAUUCAGCCUGCUUAUGGAACUUUUGAAGAUACUGUCUGGUACUAUUGAAAGUAGCACAAAGCUUGUAGAAGAUUGCCAAGCUGAACAUGCCCCAUGGAGUUCCCCUGAUCUAGCAACUGAGGUUCAAAUGCUGGUUUGGAGGGGGAUCGGCUAUUCAGUUGCUUCAUGGCAGUCCUCGUAUCUUGUCUUGUCUGGACUGUAUCUUUAUCUGCUGGAAUCUUCUACAUCUCAGAACUAUCAGCGUUGCUUUAGCAUGGCUGGUAAGCAACUAUAUGAAGUACCUUCGGACAGUGUUGGUGGUUCUCCUUCUUGUAUUGCUUUGUGUAUCAGAGGCAUGGACAUCCAAAAGGCUUUAGAGUCGUCUAGUACUUUGGUUGUAAAGUUUGGGAACGAGCAGGAGAAGGCUAGUUGGUUGAGAGGACUUGUGCAAGCAACCUACCGAGCUUCUGCUACUUCAUCAGUUGAUAUACUUGGAAAGCAAAGUGAUACCGUUGCAGAACUUUCUGAACCACGUUCUACUGAUACGAAGAUCGCUGACGCUAUUGUUAAUGGAACUUUGGUGGAAACAAAGAUAUUUAUAUGUGGGAAGGUGGGAACUGAGGUGCACAAUGAUACUGUGGAGACUCAGAUUCUUGAAGUUCUUGCUGCGGGAGGGAAGGUGUAUGUUGCAUCUUGUGAGGGGGAUUUAACUGUCAAGAUGAAUUUGCACUUGUUGAAAAUCAAAGAUGAACUUCAAAAUUCCUCGACGGGUCCACAAUAUUUAGCUUACUCCGUUUUAGAAAACUAUCGUUCUCUUAAUCCCACAAGUACUAUAAAUCCUCAGGUGGAAGAGGUAUUAGUAGGUCCGGCCGAGGAUGAUGAUUUUGCGGAUGCCUUGCCAGAUUUCAUGUCAUUGGCUGAUUCCGUUGAUGCUGUGGUUCAUGAGAAAGAUCAUGGAAAAGCAAGAGGUAAUUCUGGAGAUGUAUUUUUUGAGACGGAAGCCCUUGAUGAAUCUGAUUUUGUAUCCCUUACCAUCUUGAAACGGACUCCUCAAUCACCUGAUUAUGAUGGUGUGGAUACUCAGAUGAGCAUCUGCAUGUCAAAGUUUGAGUUUUUCCUCCACCGCCCGACUAUCGUUGCUUUAGUUAGUUUAGGCAUUGAUCUGGGCAAUGCAAGUAGUGGUAGCGUCUCAUCAAAAAAGGAGGAUGAAGCUUUAGUGCAGAAAGACAAGGGUGAAGAGCGUGGGGGAGUAAAAGUCAAGGGAGUAUUGGGACAUGGGAAAGAUCGAGUUGUAUUAUCUUUGAACAUGAGUAUUGACAGCGUCACUGUAUUUUUCAACAAAGAGGAUGGCUCUCAUCUUGCAAUGCUUGUGCAAGAAACUUUCGUCUUGAACCUGAAGGUUCACCCUGGUUCUAUAACAGUUGAAGGUACACUAGGGAACUUUAGGCUCUGUGAUGUUUCACUGGGUACAGAUCAUUGUUGGGGAUGGUUUUGUGACAUACGCAAUCAGGGGGCUGAUGCUCUUAUCCAGUUCACAUUCCAGUCUUACAAUCCCGAUGAUGAUGACUAUGAAGGAUAUAGUUGUAGCCUGAGUGGCAAACUUUCAUCUGUUCGUAUUGUUUUUCUCAACAGAUUCAUUCAAGAGCUCUCUGCAUAUUUUGUGGCGCUGGCAGCUCCCAAUACAGAAGAAGCGAUGAAGUUUGUUGAUAAAGUUGGAGGUUUUGAAUGGUUGAUUCAGAAGUAUGAGAUGGAGGGAUCUGCUGCAGUGAAGUUAAAUCUAUCGUUAGAGACUCCAAUAAUAGUAAUACCGCAGAAUUCCUCGGGCAAAGAUUUCUUGCAACUUGAUCUAGGACAGUUGUCUGUGACAAAUAAAGUUAGUUGGCAUGGACCUGAGGAUGAUCCAUCAGCUGUCCAUCUUGACAUUCUUCAUGCACAGAUCUUUGGAAUCAACAUGGCUUUCGGAGAAAACGGUGUGUUAGGAAAACCAAUGAUACGAGAAGGCCGUGAAAUUCACCUUUUUAUUAGGCGCAGUUUAAGAGAUAUUUUUCGCAAUGUUCCAAACUUUGCACUGGAAGUGAAGAUAGGGUCGUUGCACGCUGUGGUGUCAGACAAAGAAUAUAGCGCAAUUACUAGCUGUCUGACCAUGAACAUGGCUGAACAACCUAAUCUCCCUCCUAAUUUCCGUGAAAUCAACUCUGAUUCAGCGGAUGCCAUAAGGAUGUUAACUGAUAAGGUUCACAUGACAAGUCAAGUUUUCAUGUCACGUACUGUUAACAUUAUGGCAGUUCAUCUUAAUUAUGCAUUGCUAGAGCUCUGCAAUGGCACCCAAGAGGAUUAUUCACCUUUAGCAAAUAUUACUCUGGAGGGCAUGUGGUUUUCUUGCCGAAUGACUUCUUUUUCAGAAUUGGAUCUGUAUGUCACCAUUCCUCGAUUUUCUAUUUUGGAUGUACGUCCUGAUACCCGCCCUGAAAUGAGAUUAAUGCUUGGAACAAGCACUGAUGUUCUGAAACUAGCUUCUAGUAAAGGUGGACUUGUAAGAGCUGUAACCAUGUCCAAUGUGGAUGCACCACACUCAACCAUGUUAUUGAUGGAUCUCAGAUGCCGCUCAUCAUCCCAAUUGCUUGUGGUUCGGAUUCAGCUGCCUCGAGUUCUAGUUGUCCCAGACUUUCUUCUUGCUGUUGGUGAGUUUUUUGUACCAUCUUUGGGAGCAAUAACCGGAAAGGAAGAGGGGAUGGAUCCUAAGAAUGACCCAAUCAGUAAAACUGACACGAUAGUCCUGUCUGAUGCACUCUACAAUCAGACUGAAGAUGAGGUCAACCUGUCACCAAGCCGAAAGCUGGUAGUAGAUGCUGCAGGAGUUGAUGAUUAUACUUAUGACGGUUGCGGGAAAACUAUAAUUUUGAAUGAAGAUCAUGAGCAGUCACAUUCUUCAGAAUUUAGACCCAUUAUAGUAAUUGGAAGGGGUAAAAGACUUCGGUUUGUAAAUGUGAAGAUUAAGAAUGCUUGGCUCUUGACAGAGUACACAUACAUGAGUAAUGAUAGUAGUUUCUCAGUGUCCAUUGAAGAUGGUGUAGAAGUUGUGAUGCAGGACAACUUUCAUUCAACGGGUGAAAGAAAAAGCCUGGAUAGAGUUGAAAAAUCAUCACAUUCCUCAAGUACUCCCGACUCCUCCGAUCAAAGUGAUUCAUCUAAACCAAGUAUAAGUUUCGAGGCCCAGGUGGUGUCUCCUGAGUUCACUUUUUAUGAUAGCAGCAGAUCGUCCAUUGAUGGUUCCUUCCAUGCUGAAAAGCUUCUUCGUGCAAGAAUGGAUUUGAGCUUCAUGUUUGCAUUAAAAGAAAAUGAUAAAUGGGUUCGAGCUCUUGUCAAAGAUCUAACUGUGGAGGCUGGUUCUGGUCUUAGAAUUCUUGAUCCAGUGGAUAUCUCUGCGGGAUAUACUUCUGUAAAGGACAAAACAAAUAUAUCUUUAACAACGUCCGAUAUAUUUGUCCACUUAUCUUUAAGUGCCAUCUCCCUGAUUCUUAAUCUACAAAGUCAGGCAGUUGCAGCAUUACAGUUUAAGAGUCCUGAUCCAUUGUCUCCUUGUACCAACUAUGAUCAAGUUUGGGUGCUUCCAAAAGUGAAGGGGCAUCAUAAUGGAAUUACAUUCUGGAGACCUCGAGCUCCCAAGAAUUAUGUCAGUUUGGGAGAUUGUGUGACUUCCAGGCCCAUUCCUCCUUCACAAGCUGUUAUGGCUGUGAGUAAUUCAUUUGGGCGUGUACGUAGGCCUCUUGGCUUCAAGCUUGUUGGCUUAUUCUCUGAUAUCCAACAAACUGAAGUGAAGGAUAUGGAUUGUGAUUGUUCUCUGUGGAUUCCUAUUUCACCCCCAGGAUACUUGGCUUUAGGGUGUGUUGCACAUAUUGGAAACCAGCCACCACCAAAUCAUAUUGUCUACUGCAUAAGAGCAGACCUGGCAACAUCCACAGCAUAUUCAGCUUGCAUGUUCAAUGCUUCUUCAAACAAGACAUACCAUUCAGGAUUUAGCAUUUGGAGACUCGACAACCUUGUUGGAUCAUUCCAUUCAAAUCCCUCUCUUAGCUGUCCCCCACAAGACAUAUGCUAUGAUCUUAACUAUCUUCUUCUUUUAAACUCAAGUUGGCAUCGUCUCUCUACAAGAGAAUCCAGGUCUGAUGUAACUGUUGACCAGGAGAAUACACACCAACAAAGAAGUAACCAGGGUAUAACAAGUACAUCAUCAGGGUCAGAUGCUCUCAGAUCAAUUUCCAAAGCUAGUUGUUAUAUGUCCACCCCAAGUUUUGAGAGGAUCUGGUGGGAUAAGGGUAGUGAUAUCCGCAGACCGGUCUCUGUUUGGCGACCUAUACCACGUCCUGGAUUUAAAAUCUUAGGUGACUGCAUAACUGAAGGUUUGGAGCCACCUGGCUUGGGAAUAAUAUUUAAGGCUGACAAUCCUGACAUCUCAGCAAACCCUGUGCAGUUUACGAAAGUUGCUCAUGUCACUAUUAAAGGCGUGGAUGAAGCCUUUUACUGGUACCCAAUUGCACCCCCAGGUUAUGCUUCUAUGGGAUGCAUAGUUACUCAAGUAGAUGAGAUGCCAAAAUUGAAUUCAGUCUGCUGCCCGAGGAUGGAUCUUGUUAGCCAAGCUGAUAUUCCUGAGAUGCCAAUAGCAAGUUAUUCAAGUUCAAAAGCAUCUCCAUGCUGGAGUAUCUGGAAACUGGAUAAUCAGGCCUGCACUUUUCUUGCACGUUCUGAUUUGAAGAAGCCUUCCAGCCGGCUGGCCUUCGCUAUUGGUGAUUCCGUGAAACCAAAAACACGAGAGAACAUAAUGGCGGAUAUAAAAUUGAAAUGCAUCUCUUUAACCAUUUUAGACAGCCUUUGUGGAGUGAUGACACCGUUUUUUGAUGUCUCCAUCACGAACAUUAAGCUUGCAACUCAUGGUGGAAUAGACUCUAUGAAUGCUGUGGUGAUAUCUUCAAUUGCUGCAUCAACUUUUAACACACUGUUAGACUCAUGGGAACCACUGGUGGAACCAUUUGAUGGAUUACUCAAAUUUGAAACGUACGAUACCAAUGAGUGCCAAUCAAAACUUGGAAAAAGAGCACGUGUUGCAGCUACAAGUAUCCUUAAUGUAAAUCUUAGUGCUGCAAGUAUUGAUACGUUUGCAGAAACCAUCGCUUCAUGGGGAAGACUGAAAGAACUCGAACAAAAGGCAGUCAAGUCAGAGGAGGAAACUAGCAGUCACAGCGUUGGUGAAGAUGGUUCAAUUUUUUCUGCAUUGGAUGUGGAAGAUUUCCAGACUAUAACCGUAGAGAAUAGGCUUGGAUGUGACAUUUACUUGAAGAAGUAUGAACAAAGUUCUAGUACAGUUAACCUUCUACGGUAUGGUGACAGUGCCUCCGUGUGGAUCCCACCUUCACGAUACUCAGAUCGAUUGAACUCAGUUGAUGAUUCAAGGGAAGGACGAUGCUAUAUUGCGGUGCAGAUAACUGAAGCCAAGGAUCUACCAAUCGUUACUGAUGGAAAUAGUAAUCGCUUCUUCUGCGCACUCCGGCUUGUUGUUGACAGUCAGGAGGCAAGUCAGCAGAGGCUGUUCCCUCAGAGUGCAAGGACUAGAUGUGUGAGGCCCUUGAUUUCCAAAAGUAAUGAUCUUGGCAGUGCCAGAUGGAAUGAACUUUUUAUUUUUGAAGUUCCUCGGAAGGGGUUGGCUAGGUUGGAGGUUGAGGUGACUAAUCUAGCUGCAAAAGCAGGAAAAGGUGAAGUAGUGGGUGCCUCGACAAUAUCGGUUGGACAGGGUACGAAUCCCUUAAGAAAGGUGGCCUCAGCUAGAAUGUUGCAACAAGCAACCGACGGUCAGAAAAAUGUCACACACCUUUUAAUGAGGAGGGGUCAACAAAAGGAUGGUGACUUGCCCUUUCAAGGAUGUCUGGUAGCUUCUACAUCAUAUUUUGAAAUGAAAGCAGUUUCAAACCUUCAAAGUAGAGUGGAGCAGGAGAAAGAUGUGGGUAAAGAUGUGGGGUUUUGGGUGGGACUUGGUCCUGAAGGUGUGUGGGAGAGUUUUAGAUCUUUUCUUCCACUCUCAGUCAUCACAAAAAAGAUGGAUGAUGAUUUUAUCACUGUGGAAGUAGUCAUGAAAGAUGGAAAGAAACAUGCAAUUCUGAGGGGGCUUGCAACCAUUACUAAUGAUUCAAAUGUUAACUUGGAUAUAAAUGUCUGUUCUAUUUCUAAGAUUCACGAGACUCCUGAACUAGUUGCUACUAAUAUUGCUGUAGAAGAGAUCUUUGAGAAUCAAAGACAUAGCUCUAUUUUUGGUUGGGGCACUAAGCUGUCUGGUUUCCGUGGGAAGGACCCUGGACGUUGGAGUAACAGAAAUUUUUCAUAUUCGUUAAAUGAUUUCUAUGAACCACCACUUCCAGCUGGAUGGACAUGGACGUCAGCGUGGGUGAUUGACAAAUCAGAUCCUGUUGAUGUGGAUGGAUGGGCAUAUGGGCGUGACUAUGAAACUCUAAAAUGGCCUCCAACUCCUCAAAAUUCUUCAAAGUCGCCACAAGACCAUGUACGCCGUAGACGUUGGAUCCGUACAAGGAAAACACUUACUGAUGAAGGCACACCAAACACUGGUUCUGGUAUCCAUGUCUUAGAACCUGGCUCUUCUUUUGUAUUACCCUGGCGAUCUAUUUCUAGGGAUUCUGAUAGCUGUUUGCAAAUUCGCCCUUCUGCUCAAUAUCAUGAGGGCCUCUACGCUUGGGGGUGGCCUGCUGGCUUAGUUCCCCCCCCUGGUGGGACAAAUGACUCGGGAGAGCACUCUAAAGAAUCUUCAGUGAAACAAGGAAAAAAGAUGUUGGAUUCUGCAUUCAAGUUAAAUCAGCUUGAAAAGAAUGACACACUUUGGUGUUGCCCAUCAUCUGACGGCAGGCAGUUUUGGCUUAGCGUAGGUGCAGAUGCAUCAGUUCUUCAGGCAGAGCUUAGUUCCCCUGUUUAUGAUUGGAAAAUAUCAGUAAAUGCUCCUUUAAAGUUGGAAAACCGACUUCCUUGUCCAGCACAGUUUACAAUAUGGGAGAAGUUGAAUCAUGGAAAUUCAACUGAAAGGCAGCAAGGCCUUUUGUCAUCACGUGCUAUUGUGCCCAUAUAUCAUGCUGACGUGCGUAAUUCUCUAUAUAUCUCAUUGUCGCUUCAAGGCGGAUGGACGAUGGAAAAGGAUCCUGUUCCUGUCUUGGAUAUAUCAUCUAAUAACCAUGCUUCCUCAUUUUGGAUGAUUCAUCAGAAUAAACGCAGGAGAUUGCGUGUGAGCAUUGAACGGGACAUGGGAGCAUCUGCUGCUUCCCCUAAUACCAUAAGAUUUUUUGUCCCAUAUUGGAUUAUUAAUGACUGCUCUGUACCACUUACAUAUCAAGUGGUUGAAAUUGAACCUUCAGAGAAUGCAAGUGCAGAUUCUUUGGUGAAGACAAAAUCUGCAAAAUCUGGAAAAUCUGGAAAAUUCUUUAGUUUUAGGAGUCUUUGUAGCUCCCCCGCAGAGACUAUCUCAAAUGGGAAUAUCCAAGUUCUAGAAGCUAUCGAUGACACUAGUCCUACUCCCAGCAUGCUUUCUCCACAGGAUUAUGUAGGACAAGGUGGUGCUAUGCUAUUUUCAUCCCGGAAUGAUUCAUAUCUUUCACCGCGUGUGGGUUUGGCUGUUGCCAUUCAGCGUUCCGAUAAUUUUAGUCCUGGACUAUCACUUCUUGACCUGGAAAAGAAGCAAAGAGUGGAUGUCAAAGCUUUUAGUUCAGAUGGAUCUUACUACAACCUUUCAGCUCUAAUGCAGAUGACAUCAGACAGGACAAAGGUUAUCCAUUUUCAACCACACACCUUAUUUUAUAAUAGGGCUGGCGUAAGCUUAUGUCUGCAGCAGUGUGAUACACGGUCACUGAUUUGGAUUCAUCCAACCGAUGCUCCAAGCCAUUUUAGAUGGCAGACAUCUGCCAAAGUUGAAUUAUUAAAGUUAAAGACUGAUGGAUACCGUUGGAGUGCGCCGUUUAGUGUUGCAACUGAGGGCUGGAUGCGUGUUUCGUUGAGGAAUGAAAGUACUGGCAAACAAUCGUAUUUUAAGGUUGAAGUAAGGAAUGGAACAACAAGCACACGCUUUGAUGUCAUCUUUCGACCUAAUUCAUUUUCAAGCCAGUACAGGAUUGAAAACCAUAGUAUGUUUUUACCCUUCCAUUUUCGGCAAACGGCUGGUGCUGAUGAUUCAUGGCACUGUCUACAUCCUUGCACAAGUGCUUCAUUUCUAUGGGAAGACCUUGGUAGAGAACGAAUCCUGGAGGUCAUGGUGGAUGACACUGACACUAAAGAUUCAGCUAAGUACAAUAUUGAUGAGGUUCGUGAUUAUCUACCUGUUCAAGUGGGUGGGGGACCCACAAAAGCAGUGCGUGUUACUAUAGUUAAAGAAGAGAAGAUGAAUGUUGUUAUGUUGAGAGACUGGAUGCCAGACAACAAUGAUGAUCCCAAAGCAGCAAAAAUCAGUAAAAAUGUUACUGCCUCAACACCAAAGACUGAUUUGGUUUCAUCAUCCUCGGAUUGUGAAUUUCAUCUUACUCUUGAGCUCAUUGAACUUGGAUUGUCCAUUAUUGAUCAUACACCUGAGGAGAUACUCUACUUGUCAGUACAGAACCUUCUAUUGUCACAUUCAACUGGUUUGGGCUCUGGAAUCAGUAGGAUCAAAUUAAGAAUGCGAGGGAUCCAAGUGGACAAUCAGCUGCCUUUGACACCAAUGCCGGUUCUCUUUAGACCACAAAGAGUUGGAGUAGAGGCAGAUUACGUAUUAAAGUUUUCUGUGACAACGCAAACUGAUGGAUCAUUAGAUUUUCGUGCGUAUCCUUAUAUUGGUUUGCAGGGACCUGAAAAGUCCGCCUUCUUGAUAAGUGUUCAUGAACCAAUUAUUUGGCGCCUUCAUGGUAUGAUCCAGCAGAUUGAUCUAAGUAGAUUCGGUGAGGCUCAAACAACUGCCGUCUCGGUUGACCCUAUCAUUGAGAUUGGAGUUCUGAACAUCUCUGAGUUCCGAUUUAAGUUCUCCAUGGCUAUGUCACCAACUCAGCGCCCUGUGGGUGUACUUGGUUUUUGGGCAUCCUUGAUGACAGCGCUAGGGAACACCGAAAAUAUGCCCGUGCGUGUAAAUCAGAGAUUCCUUGAAAACUUGUCGACGAGACAAAGUGUUCUUACAACGAAUGCCAUCUCAAAUAUAACAAAGGAUAUUCUAAGCCAGCCUCUUCAGCUGCUUUCUGGUGUGGAUAUACUAGGAAAUGCAAGCAGUGCAUUUGGACAUAUGAGCAAAGGUGUUGCGGCCUUAUCAAUGGACAAGAAAUUCAUUCAAGGUCGGCAAAGACAGGAAAAUAAAGGCGUUGAAGAUUUUGGUGAUGUAAUAAGAGACGGGGGAGGAGCAUUAGCAAAGGGGCUAUAUAGAGGAGUAGUGGGUAUAAUAGCAAAACCAUUAGAAGGUGCAAAGGCAUCAGGUGUAGAGGGUUUUGUUUCGGGUGUUGGUAAAGGGAUAAUAGGUGCUGCUGCACAACCUGUGAGUGGUGUCCUUGAUUUAUUAUCAAAGACAACUGAAGGUGCCAAUGCAAUGAGAAUGAAGAUUGCUGCUGCUAUCUCCUCCGAAGACCUUCUUCUCCGCAGACGACUCCCAAGGGUUAUCAGCGGUGAUAAUCUACUCAAACCAUAUGAUGACUACAGGGCACAGGGACAGGUAAUACUGCAGCUUGCGGAAUCAGGGUCAUUCUUUUUACAGGUGGAUCUAUUUAAAGUCCGUGGAAAGUUUGCUUUAUCUGAUGCUUACGAGGACCAUUUCUCACUGCGUAAAGACAAGAUACUUCUUGUCACGCAUCGAAGAGUUAUGCUCUUACAGACAUCCAACAUUAUAACACAGAAGAAAUUCAAUCCAGCUAGAGAUCCAUGUUUGGUGUUGUGGGAUGUUUUGCUGGAGGACGUAGGUAGCAUGCAACUAACCACUGGAAAGAAAGAUGGCCCUAAUGCACCUCCAUCUAAACUUAAAUUAUCCUUGAAAUCUAAAUCAUCCUCUGAGAACAAUGAUCAUACUCGUGUUAUCAAAUGCUACCGUGAUACCCAACAGGCAACUCAGGUUCAUUCCUCCAUUGAGCAAGCAAUGAGUACAUAUGCACCAAAAGACUCAAAGGAUAUGCAUAAAAGGAAAGUGAAAAGGCCAUAUGCGGAAACUGGUGAUGUAUCGACUGCUGAAGAAAUUUUUUUGAAAGAACGCCCAUGGUCUUCACAGCAGAUCCCUGCACCUCUUCCUCCAAAUUCGACCUUUGGCAGCAGCAGUGAUACUCACCAAUAGACAUGUUUGAAUGUCAAACCCUGGAUGGUAUGCAUCUUGCAAGCAGCUCAAAACCUUGACGCUUUUCUUAGAUAAAUUGAUCUCACCAACAUUCAUUGUAGUAUGAAGUACAUCAUAUUCGCUUUUCCAUUACAUAAAUGUGUGCUUCCUGUAAAAAGCCACUGGCAGGAUCUUAUCUUUAAGUCUUCAGUUAAUAUUGAGUGAGAAGGCGACAAUUUUCAAAGUCAGUACCAGAUGCUUUCUUUCUUUAGCAGCUGGGAUAACAACAAUAUCUGUUCUCAAAUGGGCAGCUGGUUGUGUUCAGAUUUUGGGCAAGGCAACAUGGUGCGGAUGGUCGUAGCCUUUUUAGUUGUCAAGAGAAAGUGUAUAUAGAAUAUAUGCUAAUGUAAUAUAGGUGAUAUGGGGGAUUCAUUGGUUGGUUGGAGUGUACAGAGUUUAUAUUGAUGUUGUGUGGCUUUUUACAUGCGAAAUGUUAGCUUAGUAAUUAUAAUUGUUUCUAGA